UCACUUGCGGUUUGAUAACAUGUGCUCCGCAGCCUUGUGACAGCUUUUGAGCAUUCAGAUCAUUGUGUUUGUCUCAGUAAAGUACUGAAAUUUUCAUAAUUUUAACCGAGAUCUUCUUCUAUCACAUGCCAAUCAAUUGCAAGAAUAUUGCUUAUGUUAUUUCCCGCCAAACUCAGCGGAAGGACUCUGUCUCCUAGAUGAGGAUCAUACCAGUUUGGGCUUCCAAAGCUCAAAACAAGGAUAAAGUUGAGCAAUGCAUAUACAGCCUCUGUUUUAAUCCAGAUGGCUCUAGACUGAUACUAGCGGCUGGACAGAAAGUUCUCAUAUAUAAUGCUGAUAAUGGAUCUUUAAUUGAAGCUCUGAAAGGUCAUAAAGAGAAUGUGUAUUGCGUGGCAUAUGCUGCCGAUGGGAGACGAUUUGCUUCUGGAGGUAGUGACAAGACUGUAAUAAUUUGGACCUCUAAAUUAGAGGGUACUGUAAAAUACACGCACAAUGACUCAGUCCAGUGUCUGUCGUAUAAUCCUGUUUUCCAUUUCUUGGCAAGCUGUGCAAUCAGUGACUUUGCAUUCUGGAGUGCGGACCAGAAGGCUGUUCAAAAGUUUAAAGUACCCUCACGAAUCAAUGUAUGCUCUUGGACGGCAGAUGGACUCUUCUUGGCUCUAGGUCUCAACAACGGCAAUGUAUCCGUGCGAAGUCAAUCGGGAGAAGAGCAUUGCCUCAUCGAUCGCCAGAAUCGUUUCGACCCCAUUUACGCACUUGCUUGGUGUCCCAUUAAAGAUGAUAGUCUGGAUGUCCUGUGUAUAACUGACUGGGGUAAAACCUUAAGUUUUUGCACCAUUGAUGGAUCUCCGGUUACCAAAGAACGCACACUAGAUUUUGAACCCUUAUUUGCAACUUAUUUCAAUGAUGGACUGUACUUAAUAGUUGGAGGAAUCGGUGGUAAAGUGGCUCUUUAUAGUAGAGAGGGUGUCCAUUUAUCAAAUUUAGAAAACAAAAAUUCUACAUGGGUCUGGACCAGUGCUCUUCGUCCUAACUCUUCUUACAUAGUUUUUGGUCAUCAAGAUGGGCAAGUUGCAUGCUAUCAACUUGCGUUCAACACUAUUCAUGCAUUGUUUAAGGAUAGAUAUGCCUACAGAGAGAACAUGACAGAUGUGAUCAUUCACAACUUGUUGUUAAACCAAAAAGUUCGCAUCAAAUGUUCUUGCCUUGUGAAGAAAAUUGGAAUAUAUAAGCAUCGAUUAGCUGUUCAGUUGCCAGAACGUGUGACGAUUUAUGAGCUGUACCUGGGCGAGCCUGAGAAUAUGCGAUACCGAGUGAAGGCCAAAAUUAACAAACAACUAGACUGCACCCUUUUAGUUGUUUGUUCAGAACAUCUAAUUGUGUGUCAGGAGAAGAGAAUUGAGUCUCUAAAUUUUGACGGGAUCAUUGAAAGAGAAUGGCUGCUGGAUUCCUUGAUUCGUUACAUCAGGGUUAUUGGAGGAGCCCCGGGCAAAGAGGGCCUUUUAGUCGGUCUAAAAAGUGGACAGGUUCUAAAGAUAUUCUUGGAUAAUCCAUUCCCCGUAAAAUUAAUUAAAGCAUCUGCGGGAAUUAGGUGUCUUGAUCUCAGUUUGUACAAACGGAAGUUGGCAGUUGUAGACGAAAACAAUCAGUGUUGUGUGUAUGAUCUCUCAAGUAAAGAAAUUUGUUACAAGGAGGCUAAUGCUAUCAGUGUUGUCUGGAAUUCAAAUUUUGAAGACAUGUUGAGUUUCUCUGGAAAUGGAACCCUAAAUCUCAAAGUCAACAAUUUUCCUAUUCAUCGACAAAAACUUGCGGGUUUUGUUGUUGGACUAUGGGGUUCAAAAGUGUUCUCAUUGAAUUCAUCUUCUAUUGAGGUCAUCGAAGUUCCUCUUUCCAAAUCCAUGUACCAGUAUGUUGAAAAAUCUAUGUUCAGGGAAGCGUAUUUGGUGGCUUGCCUGGGAGUCACGGAUUCUGAUUGGAGAUUCCUUGCUGAAGCAGCCUUGGAAGGAUUUGACAUCAAUGUUGCUGAAAAAGCCUACCGCCAUCUCAGAGAUUUUAAGCACUUAGAUUUUAUUUUUGAAUUUCAGCAAGGGCGCAGUAAAAGUGAUAAAGAUAAACAACUUCUCGUGGCAGAUAUUUAUGCUAUUGAAGGCAAGUUCAGCAAAGCAGCAGACCUCUAUGCAAAAUGUGGACAAGGACACAAAGCUUUGGCUAUGUACUCUGACUUGCGAAUGUUCGACUUGGCGCAGGAAUAUUUGGGGACCGGAGACAAUGCAGAUGAAAAAUCGUUGGUUCUUAAGCGUGCUGAAUGGGCAGAAUCCAUCAAUGAGCAUCGAGCUGCCGUCGAAAUGUAUUUAUCUAUAGGCGAAGUUAACAGUGCCAUUCGCUUAAUGUCUCUUAACGAAUGGGUGGAUAUGUUAGUCGAUAUAGGACGAAAAUUGGACAAAGCUGAAACAGAAUUAAUAGGACUAGUAGCAGAAAGCCUUCAGAAACUGGGGGAAGUAGAUAAAGCAGCAGAAAUGUACAGCAAAUUGGGAGAGCUGAAAAAUGUUGUGCAGCUCAACAUUGAAGCAAGAAACUGGCAAGAAGUUUUUUCGCUUGCUGAAAAACAUUCAGAAUUCUAUGAACUUGCCUAUUUGUCCUAUGCUCAGUGGCUUGCCGAAAACGACAAAUUUAUUGAAGCUCAAAAAGCAUUUCACAAAGCGGGUUGUCUAGAUGAAGCGUCCAAAGUCUUGCAAAUUCUCACAAAAAAUGCAGUCAACGAAAGUCGGUUUCAAGAUGCUGGCUACUACUAUUGGGUGCUGAGCAAGCAGUGUCUGGACAUUGCAGUUCAAAAUAAGGAUGAUGAGAGCAAAAUGGUGGAGCUUUACCAUAAGAACGAUAAACUAGCAUCUAUCUAUUAUGCCUAUCACAUAAUUCAGCGGUACAUGGAUGAGCCUUUUACAUCGUUUACAUCCGAGUCUUUGUUUAACAUCGCACGAUAUCUGGUAAAUGAAACCAAAUCCGUGAAGCCCCAGGAAGUGUCGCAGUUUGCAAUUUUGUACACACUGUCAAAACAGGCACAAAGUCUAGGUGCAUACAAACUCGCACGGCAGGUUCUUGACCGAAUGCAAACACUCCGCAUCCCGCCUCAAUUUAGGGACUAUGUGGACAUGUCUACUCUACGUAUUCGAGGGAAGCCUUACCACGACAAUGAUGAUCUGCUGAUAAUGUGCUACAGGUGUUCAACGCACAACCCUCUUCAAAUCAAUUCAUCUCAGGGCAACACAUGUGUCAACUGUCGCCAUCCCUUCGUCCACUCCCACAUAACCUUCGAGGUUUUGCCUCUAGUGCAGUUUCUACCGGAGGAAGGAAUCACCGAUGCUGAAGCAAUGCGACUCAUCGAGACAACACGAAGUUCUGCAGAAGCAGACGAUUGGGACCAGCAAAUUUCAGACCACACUCAAGCACUGCGCCCAAGCGGCCCUGCAUCAUUUAGCUCCGCAGCGGAUCCGUUCACAGCACGACUUCUCAUGUUGGACAUGGAGGAUGAGUCGCCGGUUGUCACUGUCAACAGAGAAACGUUGCUUGCCAUGGACCCCGCCAGCGUCGUUAUCUGCCACUUACCACCGCCUCUCAAAUAUUUAUAUUAUAGGAACCUGUUGCCAGAACUUCAAGUCUAUGUGUGUCAUAGUUGUUUUAAGAUUUUCCAUGUGGAUGAUUACGAAAUGGAGUUAUUACAAAGAGGUCACUGUCCUUUUUGCCGCGUUGAACCAGAGUCUAUGUCUACUUCAUUGGUUGAUAUUUAAAAUUCUUUGGCGUCACUCCAUGCUGAAAAAGAUUGAAUUGUGUCGGAACAUUUGUAAGUAGAUAAAAGGUUAUUUUUUGAGUAAUUCGUCCUUAAACAGCCUAAAAUAAUAAUACUGGAAUGAAUGAGACCUUCAGCCAAAAAAAGGUCCUCAGAUGACGAAAAAAGUCAAGUUAUUGAUGCCAGAAUACAGAGGAAUAUUCCCCGAACAGUUAAGGAUUACAAUUGCACAAAAAUUUCGAACCAAAUCAGAGUCACGGCGGUUUGAAGUUUUUGGUACAAAAAGCCAGGUUCUGUGAAAAAUACUUUUUGAGAAUCUAAUCUUCAGGGCACGAAAUGGCCAGAUUAUUAGAAUCAUUCCAGAAGUAAGUUCUACGGUCUCAAUUUUCCGAAAGUAUUAGCAAUAAAUGAAUGUGGUAUGAAAGAAUAUGUCUGUCAUAUAUCAGCUGUUCAACGAGUUAAAAAAGUUGAAAAUUGGCCCACAAGUUCACUGGGGAAAUCCAUUUUACCAGACCCACCUCUUCUUCUAGCAGGUCUAAAAAUGAAGAUUUGUGAAUUGAUGUGUUACAGAGAGGUUUAUCACCUUCGCGGUAAACAUUUAAAAUUCGUCCGUAGUCGCCAGAUUCAGUCCUCAGAGAUUUUUACCUUUUCUCAGACCUGAGAUCUGGUCUCAGCGGUAGUAAGUUCGUCAUGAUGAUGAGGUCAAAAAAACGUCUUCUCCCGGCUACUAAGUCAAAUGAGGACUCCUCACCUGACAUCAGAAUGCUGUAGCAUUGAUAUCAGAAAUGUUUUGACAAAUGGAGACUGCUUUGAAAAAUAAGGUAGACUCUUUACAACUUGUCUUUUCUAUGACCCUCACUUUAUUUUUCUUGCUCCAAUAUUCUGCGCAAAGGUCCAAGUUACAAUUGAAUUGACGUAUGCGAAAUCGUCCGAUGUCCAAGACAGUGUUUCAGAACUUGAGUGGAUAAUUUCGUUGCAAUGUAACGACACAAGAUGAUUUAAGAUGUUAGUCAUGUAGAACAAUUUUAUAAAUAAUCCCCCAAGUGUAAUUAAAUGUUUACAAAAGAGAUCAAUCCUAUUCAUCAGUGUCGUGGGACAAAAAAAACCCACCGCAAUUAUGAAAUAAUGUAUUUGACAAUGGACGUUUUCGCAUACGUCGAUUCAAUUAUGGACCUGCCGUGAAAGGAGGUAACACUAAAACAAACUAUUUCAAGAAAGUAGUGGGUCGAUUUUCAAAUUUUUAGCUCGAUGAAAAGCUAAGACUAUGAAUAUUAAACUUUUUAUCACCACUACCAUUAUUCGUUAACAUUUUUGGAGAAGUAAAACCGUGGAAAUGACCUUUUGAAAUGACCCUGUAUAAGCCCUGAAGAGAAUUUUCUUGGGAAAUCUGAAAUCAAUUCUUGACCCAACUGGAUAAAAAUUAUUGAUGGAAAAUUUUGCUUCCGUUGACUGAAAUCCCUUUUCUCAAGUAUGGUUGUAAAUACUGAGAAGGCAUGCAAAAAUUAAUCUCAUUAUUUUUGAUGAUAAUUCCAAUCAUCGUAGAUUUUUUCAAGUAUGAGAUAUUUUAGAGUGUUUUGUAGUUAUUGAUGCCUCAUGUAACAUAUUCAUAACACCAUAAAGUUUUCGAUAAGUUUUAUUAGUUAUAGGAUUCACAUUCCUUUUUGGUCCAUCAUUAAUUUCGACUAUUGUGUUUUACAAUUUUUCUUUUCUUUUUUUCUCUCAACCUCUCACAGGAAGCAAAGGAGUAAGUUUAGAAUAAUGAUCAUGAUCUUUCAAGACCAAGUUUGGUUUUACUGCUCUCUAAGUAUUUUGCUGUGAAAUAUUUUUAAUUUAUUAGAUACCUAUUAUAGAAUAUAAAGACCUGAACUGUGAUAUUUAUUCUUUUGUCUUUCGCACUCAUUGUUUUUUAGUAGAAGUACACUUAAUGCUUGAAUCAAAAAUGCGUAGUAAAAUAAUCAGAGAGUUUCUCUAUGAGAUAUUCAUCAGCAGUGUUCGAAACUCACCUUUGAGUUUUAGGAG